AUGAAGUUCGGCAUUAUUGCUCUCGCCUUCGUCGGCUCUGCCCUGGCCGCCCCUGCUGCUGAGGAGGCCAAACACACUCCUUCACCUGACGUCCCUACUCUGAAAGGAUACCACUAUGACUUCCCUAUCAGCUCCAGCAUUCCUCCUUGGAACGAGCACUCGUCUACCGCUACGCCCACUCCUUCUACCCACAAGGCCUCCUCCACUGCCAGUCCAUGGGCCAAGCACCACGGCACCUACAAGAGCGAAAAGAGCAACUAG